UACUGACGAAGACGAGCUGUUGAAGGAGUCGUGAGCGCCUAUGUACGUCAAACUUACGUGCGAAUGGGCAGCGUCCAAAAAGAAGAAGAAAGAGUGUGGACGUUUGAUGACGUCAUAGAGACAAACAACUCUCGGUAGGACCCAGUCUUAGUCCAUCAUGAACAAAGAAGGCAUUACUGUCUCAACAUUUAUGACUGGGGAGGCAGGAGAGUUGAUUGAAGAUGGAACAGAGCAAGCAAGUGUUGUGGUGGUUGCAGAAGGUGGUGGAGCAGUGAAGGUAGAGCUUCCUGAUGGUACUCAGGCUAUUGUGCACAGUGCUUUAGAAGAUCAUACAGAGAAUAUGGAAGGUAUGGCAGUGCAGCUAGAUGAUGGAAGAAUUGGCUACAUAUACAGUGAUGCCCUUCUUCAAGAGGUAUCUGAAAAAGAUACUCCGCAAGAUAAUCUUUUUAUUCAAAAUUCAAAUGGAAAACCAAAUGGAAAGUUUAUUUGUAAUUAUCCUAAUUGUGAUAAACUAUAUACAAACAUUGGUCACCUCAGGAUUCAUCAACGAACUCAUACUGGCACAAAAGAACACGAAUGUGAAAUAUGCAAAAAAGCAUUUACCACCGGAUAUGCCUUAAAGUCACACAUUAGAACUCACACUGGGGAGAAGCCAUAUCAGUGCCCUGAAGAGCAGUGUGGCAAGUGCUUCAAAACCUCAGGAGACUUGCAGAAACAUGUUCGAACUCACACAGGUGAACGCCCCUUUAAAUGCCAGAUCUGCAGCAAAUCAUUUACUACAUCAAAUAUUAGAAAAGUGCACAUGCGUGUUCAUACAGGUGAAAAGCCCUAUGCAUGCCAGUAUGAAGGAUGUGAUAGAAGAUUUGCAUCUGCUACUAAUUUUCGAAAUCAUUGCAGAAUUCACACCGGGGAAAAACCAUAUGUUUGCUCCAUUGGGAAUUGCAGUAAACGGUUUACUGAAUAUUCGUCCUUAUACAAACAUCACAUGGUCCACAGUCAGCCAAAAAGCUAUUAUUGUGCACAGUGCGGUCGCUUUUACAGGCAGCUUUCCACAUUGAAUGUACAUCGGAAAACUGCCCACAAUAUUGUUGAAAAUGAUGAAGGUCAGUUGAUAUGGAUGGGACAAAAUCUUCCAGUGGGAUUUUUGACAGAUGACCAGGGUGGAACACAAGAUGGAACUGCAGUGCUGAAUUCAGCCACUUCAUCUAACACAAAAACUAUUCGUAUUACAUCAGAUAUUGAAUUGAAAAAGGAAAAUCAGAUUCUUCCUGAAACCAUUUUGAAUUCUCAUUUUCUUGAAGAUGAAGUAGAAGUGACUAAUGUCCACCUCAGUGGUGACACUUUAAUACAAGAUGGCCAGGGAUCAACUCUAACUAGUUUAGAGUUAGAUGAAAGUAGUAAUGGAUCAAUUCUUGUUUUGACAGACCCCUCACAGUUAGCAGCACUUCAGCAACUGGCCGUGGCAAGCAGUAGCACAGGUAGCGCAGAUGAUAGUGUCAAGGUCAUCAGCUUUGAUGAUUUCACCACUGUUGCAGAAUCAACAAUCACAGAAGGCCUUGAUGGGGGAGAAAUGAAACAGGAAGACAUUAUUUUUGUUAGGGAAGUUGAACAGAAGUUAAAAGCUGACCAUUGCUGAGAAUGUACAAAUCUUAGACAUUUAAAAGUCUAGGUAGAUAUGCUUUGUAUAUGGGAAUAUAGCCAAGGAUCAAACAAUUAAAAAAAAAAGUCAUGCCAGAUAAGUUGGUUAUCUUCUUUCCUGAUGUUUAAAAUUACAUACAGUAUCUGCAUUAAGUAUUAGUUAAGUAUAUUAUAGCACAUGCCAACAUAAAAUAUUUUAAGCAUAUUGUGAAAGAUUAUUCCAGUGUUGAUUCUUUACAGGCCUGAAGAGGCAGAAAGGAAGAAGUAAUCAGAUUGCUUGAAUGGUGUACUUUGUUACUAAUAAUUUCAACAAAAUUUAGUUUACCCAGGCAGUUAAAAAAAAAGUUAGGGAGUAUGAAAGUUGAAUUUUAGAUAUUGUAAACUUUUACAAGCUAGUAAAUUGCUUCUUUUUCAAACAUGAAAAGCAAAUAUUGGUUUUUUUCAAACAUGAAAAGCAAAUAUUGGUUUCCUCCCAUUUGGAGUACUUUUGAUUUUGAAUAAUUAAGAAUUGAAAUAUCUUGUACCCCUUUAUAGGAAUACUGUACAGUAUUACUUUGUACUUUCUGAUAUGUAGUUUACAGACUUAUUAUCACAGAUAUCUUUAAUAACAUGUUGAAACCAACUA